UAUCGAUUGUUCCUAGAGAGGAACGUUUGUAUAAAGCUGCCCUGCAUUGCGCUCGAUAAAGUAAAUACUACAUUGAUUAUACAAUUUAAAGUAAUUGUUUAAAAUAAUCGUAAAGUCAAAAAGAUUACAUUGCAAUAAGAGUGCCUCAUUGCGUUACUUUCUCAUCAAUUAUAUUUUGCUGAGGCCCUCGCCACAGAACCUACCUGCGAACUAUAAUCAUGUCCAGCGGAUUUGUACGGAGCUCCUACAAACUGUUCGUUGGUAACCUUCCAUGGACGAUAGGAAGCAAAGAGCUAAGGACGUACUUCUCCCGCUACGGGCAUGUGGCCAACGCGGAGGUUGUCUUUGACCGGCAACUUGGACUCUCAAAACACUACGGAUUCGUGGUCUUCAGUCAAAGAGAUGCAUUCAACAGUGCAAGCAACCAAAACACACACUUCCUGGAAGGGCGCGUUCUGACCGUUCAGAGAGCGAAUGAAAACCCGUAAAAUUCGGUUCUAUUGCGGAGUUUGAUUUACUUCAUACCAAUACAAGGUCAAGGGAAUCGGGAGAUAAUGGAAAUGUAGCAUAUUAAAUGAUCUAAAACCA